AGUGUCAUCGGCAUCACGGCAUGUCCGCGCCGAACACAGAAAUGUGGGAGUAGCACAAUCACAAUUGUUCUUUAGAUGUCGUUGCUCCACUAUGUCAUGUUGCCCAAUAGUGUUGAAGUAUAACUACAUAGAGAGCCGUGGCAUCACCUACCGUAGGAUCAUCGAUUUGGCAUCGGAAACCAUAGUCGGAAACCACCAUUCACAGUAGGAAGAAGGGCGCUUUGUCUUUGAAGGCUACUUCUUAGGUUAUAGAUACGGCGGUGACCCUCUACUGAGGUGAGAGCGCUUCAUGGCAUGCUGGCUUACAGUUCUUGUAUCUGGUCUUGCGGGUUGAUUUGUACGGUACUGUUGAUUUCCCAACCUGACCGGGAAAGGCCGGGUCAAGCUAACACAGCCGUACUAGAUUACCACUAAACACAUAAAGUAUCACUAAACUAGCUAAGCUACCUAAAGAACUAUGCCAGGUACAGACCAAUACUCACAUUAUUGUAAUGGCUGCAGGGUGUCCACAAAUCUGACACAUUAUAAGCAUCUGCCAAAGUUUAUUGGCAUUCGGGACUUCUCAAGGCAGUCUGCAGGGAUCGUAAUGAAGCUGAAGUGGGAAAAAAAUAACGUAUUCGCACUACAUUUUAUGCUGGAGGAAUUUCACGUCAUUCACAUACAGUUUGUAUCAGAUUUGCCGUUGGGUCCUGUUCUUUGCUUGCGUAUCGAGAACAACAAUGUGAAAUGAAUGAAUGUGAAACAAAAGUCUGCAUUUUAUUGCGUCGUAUGCUAAUUAAAGUGCUUUUUAAGGCAACGUCACUGGGAACAAUGCUUCAUUGCGAGGGACUAUCUAAUUUAUUGCGCGUAUACAAUGUGUUUGAAGAGAAACCGGCACCACUCUCAGUGCGUGGCGAGAGGGAUAAAAAGUCUUGUCCAGGGAACAUUCUUGCUCCUUUGCUUGCUCAUGCUCAACUCACUCACCACCUUGAGCAUGAAUGAGCGUCUCAUGAGAGAGUUUUUCCAAAGUUGGGGAUGCCUUUGCAGCAGAAUUCUAGGUAACCUGUUACUCUAACUAGGUUUGGCAACUUGCAACUUAACUCUGUACUUUUGUGCCAUGGUAACCUCCAGAGGAACUAGCCCCCCUUUUUUUUUUCUUUCUUUUUGUAACCUUUUUUUAGCUCAUUCCUUUUUCAGGUAACUAUGCCAAAGCAACUUAAGCUAAGUUCCAAGUUACUUUUAAUUCCCUUUUCACUAACGUACACUUAUUUUCUUGCUUUCUCUUUCUCUGUGUUCUUUGACUGCAUUUUUAUGCCAUAAAACGUGAUACUGUAUAAGUAGUAAUUUUCGCGAUGACCUAUUUUUCGCGAAAUUCGCGAACGCGCUUUUUUCGCGAAUUUAAAGUCCCGCGAAAUAUUCGAACCAAUGACAGAAAAAUACGUGAAAGAAAUAUGUAAGAAAUUUGACCCAGGACGCUGAGGCAACUUAUGUAUACGGAGUUUCUUACGCUGUUACACUGCAUUGCCUCGCAAAGUGUUCAGUUCGCCGCUGCAACUGGAGACUGUAGUCCCGCCUUGACGUACGAAUCCCGCGCGGAUGUAAGCCUCCAGUGAUUCCGGUUCCUUGUAAGCCUGGCUCAUCCAGCAAGCGCGUAUGCACUCUGCCACGCGUAUAGACCUUUGCAAAAGUUGUCGCAUCACUACCAAGUGCCAAUCGCACCUGCUCGGUGCGAUGACAGGAAUGACGGGAGACAGGGCAAUUGGGCAAUGGCACAGAUACGAGCCGAGUAGGACCCCGUAAUCGCAUCCCUUGCAGUCAAAAGUGCUCAGAAGGAAGACAAAUUGAACGAGUUACCCAGUUGUGAUACCUUUUAUUAGCUUCUUCCAGGAAGUCCAAGGUGGAUGGCCCCUAAGAUGCAAGGUGGACGCAGCGCGGUACCGCGAAUUUAAGGUUCCGCGAAUGAUCGCGCUUGAUCCUGGCUUCUCACAAAUUCGCGAAUUAUUGAGCCCGCGAAUUUAAGCACUUAUACAGUAUUCAAUCAAUUAAUAUAUUGUAUUCAGGAAGUAAGAACCGUUGUGAUUGAAAUGAAGCUGAACCAUUGUGCACCCACAGGGACUAAGAUGCAACGCGUUUGAAUUGUUGGACAUAAGUGAAAACGAUCUAAGCCUGUUGCACUCCUCCGCAGGCAACUCAAGGUCUAAAUCAACUGCUCAUGAGUGCAGCACCUGUGUGGUGCUAUUUUAUGUACAAAGUAACUUGGAAGUGACUCGUUCCUGCCUUAAGUAACUCUGUAACUUAUUUAAAUUUUUCACACGCUAACUUAGCCAGUAACGAGUUAUUUUUUACGGGUAACUUCUCGAUCUAUGCCUUGCAGUGGUCUUGCUUAUUGAUUUAUUCUUUAUUAUAUGUACAUCAAGGUGGGCAAUUGCAUGACUCAGGGGCUAAAUCGUUUGGUCAUCGUAACUGAAACACAGUUUUUGAAUCACACUGAGAAUCUUAAGGCAGAUAAACUGGUAGUAACGAAAAAAAAAAAAAACACCAACAAGAUCCCGAUAACAGGAGCGAAGUGCUGGUUCCGAAAUAAGCUAUGUCUCGGUUACACACAACGUUGGAGGGAAGCGGCAAUCAUACCUGGACAGAGAGGGAGGUACAAGGGGGCGUUGAAACUUGAAACGACGGUCUAGCCGGGCUGAGGUGCGAGAUGGAGGGAAGAUCGAACGGGUGAUAAGUAGGGCCUGACCUCUUAGGGUUAUACCCGAUGAUGCCCGAUAUUCACCUCCCGAUUCUAAUCAGGAAAAACAGCGUUUAACCCAGUAUUUCCCCGAAAACUGCUGGGCCAGGGGAAUCCGAAGUCAUCACGACUAACACACAACUUUGGAAACUGGUGUCGUAACUGCAGACAUCUUGGCGCACGUGCCAUGUCACUGUAUGGCGUGGGCAUCACCAGAGUGUCCAACUUGGUCCAGGCAUCGGCACGGACGUGCUCCAGGGCCACACAGACACCAAGCUAUCGCUGUAACAAGGGCAGCAACACUCGCAUGAGCAAGCGCAGCAGGACUCGCGCAGUGCGUCACAGGCUGCGCGACGCCUGCACCAACACCAUCUUCUCCAUGGCCAAGUGGAACGGGAACCAGAAACCCUUUGUCUGCCAACUGUGCCUCAGGUCGUUCUCAACCAGGUCCCUACUGACCAGCCACUUGGAGUGCGUGCACGACGGAGAGGGAAAGUACGUCUGUGCCGUGUGCGAGAAGGAGUUUGUCUACAAGGACAGCCUGGAGCGCCACGAGCAGUUGCAUUCCAACGACAGCCGAUAUACGUGCCAACGGUGCGGCCGGACCUUCAGGGACCACACUAACCUGUGUGCGCACGUUCUGGUCGACGGCGGGGACAGGCCGUACGCGUGUACCCGCUGCGGAAGCACCUUCUCGGCGCUCACCUCUCUGAAGCAGCACACGGUGUCCGUCCACACCAAGGACUUUGAGUUCCCGUGUCACCUGUGCGGAGAGGGCUUUUCGUUUCCGCGCGCGCUUAAGAGGCAUCUGCAGAGAAAGCAUGCGGGUGCCGUGUGCAAGGAGUGAUCCCAUGGGUGCCUUCGUGCAGAGCCAAACUACAAUGUGUCUGUGCUGGUCAUGCAGCGUCGGCAGUUUCGUAAAGCAGGCUUCACCUCAAGCAGAAGCUUCGGGUGAAGCCCACCCUUGGGAGAUGUCAUUCGCUAUUCGCCGAAUAGUCGGAAAUCCGAAUGUUGGGCAUUCGAUUCGCGAACGAAAUACUUCGAGUGAUUGACAGUUGAUUCGAAUGCGAGAACUCGAAUAUCCACGCGCCGUGAAAUUCCGUGCCAAACGAAGGAUUCCGCGUUAUUUCGCGGAAAACCUGGGGCUUUAGCUAUCCCCCUACGUCCAUUUCUGCUAUCCCUUCAAUCAGGGAUAUCGCUACACCAUCACCCCCAGGGGGGUGUACACUCUCCCUGCAUUUUUGCACCCCCC